AUGAUCAUCAGUGAGAAGGCCGAAAGCGAAAGCGAUGAAGAUGAAAGCUUUGACAAAGUGCAACCUGAGCAUGAUCCCAAUGAUUGUUACUUUGAUCCUGUUCAGAAAAUUGUUCAUGGUUUUAAGCAUUUUCUCUUCGAUAAAUUUCACAAGUACCCAUGCUUGUUUAAUGAACUUGCCGCAACCCAACAUCCUAAGAGUCCUUCCCAUAUCUUAAAUUUUCUACUCGGAGAAGCUUUCAUGGCCCGCAAUAUUGGCAACUUGAUUCCAACUUUUGACCAAUUGAAAUACUCAAACGUCGGAGCAAUUAUUGAAUAUGCGGUAGAAAAGCUUAAAGUAGAGAAUAUUUUGGUGAUUGGACAUAGUCGUUGUGGUGGCGUAAAAAGGCUUAUGUCUUAUCCUGAAGAUGGUUCAGCUCCCUUUGACUUCAUUGAUGAUUGGGUCAACAUUGCUCAAGCUGCCAAGGAGAAAGUCAAAGCUGAACACAAAAAUUUGACAUUUGAAGAACAAUGUGAAAUAUGUGCUGAGGAAGUAGUGAGUGUGUCUCUAAAGAAUCUAAAUUCUUAUCCAUUUGUUCAAAGAGGAGUUGAAGAGAAAAAGAUAGCACUUAGGGGUGGAUACUAUGAUUUUGUGAAUGGAUCUUUCAAGCUAUGGGAACUUGAGUCGAGUACUUUAUAUUAA